AUGUCGUUCAUCGGUGCGAUCGGUCCUUUUGAUAAUUCGGAAGAAACGUGGGACUCAUAUAUCGAGCGUUUUGAAUUGUUUGUUACAUGUAACGAUAUUACCGACGCUAAAAAGGUUAGUACGCUUUUGACGGUUGUCGGAGUGAAGACUUAUAACCUGCUUAAAGAUCUAUGUACACCAGACAAACCUGCUACUAAGAGCUACGAGGAUAUUGUACGGAUCAUUAAGGGACAUCUUCAUCCAAAACCAUCUUUUAUUGCCGAAAGGUACAAGUUUAGUCUACGAACACAAUUGGAUCAUGAAUCAGUCGCUGAUUACAUCGUCAACCUGAAGAAACUAUCUGUCAACUGUGAGUUUAAGGACAAACUACCGGAUCAUCUUCGGGACAGGAUCGUAAGUGGGUUGAGGGACGACGCCACCAAGAAGAGGUUGCUGGGCGAAGAAGAUCUCACCUUCGAGAAGACGGUCCAAAUAGCCACGUCGAUGGAGUUGGCAGCGAGAGACACCGCGGCCCUGACCUACCACAACACGGGGGGAGGAAGUCGUCUCCAUAACGUCGCUUCGAAGCAGCAUUUUUGUAAGAGGAAAGGCCAUUUAGAAAGUGCGUGUCUGAUGAAGAAAAACAAUGGGGAAGAAAUAAAUGGACACAAGGUGUAG